GCUGAUAACGAAUAAUAAAAACUCCACAAACACUGAUACCGAGUACAAAAUCAUUAUUUUAGAGUUUAGACGUUGCUCGAAUCCAUGACGACCGUACAACAUAUUAUAAAAUAAUGCGUUCCGUGAAGUUUUAUCGUCCAAACUUCCCGUAAACACGACGCGGUCGUCGUCGUCGUCGUCGCCGCCGCCUCGUUCUUUACACCCCGCACAGUGCGCACGCCAUUACACUGUAUUGCGGCGGCGUGCGCGCGGUUGUUUUAUUAUUUUAAUUUUUUUUUUACUGUAAUUUUUUCUCGGGAACAAUCAUGUGAACAUCGAUUAGGCACAUUCAGUCUCGCGAUACGGCCCGUCGUCGUCCGGCCCGAACCGAAAACGCCACAUGCGACACGAUCGUCCUCGAAAUCGUUCCCAGAAAAUUCGACGGCGACGGCCGGCAAUGAACAAUAUUUUAUCGCGAUGAACGUCGUCGUAUUUAGCGUUCGGUACGCGCAAUGCAAUAUGGUAUAAUAUCGUCAUGUGACAUCCGUAGUACGUCUCGAACCGCGUAGUACGCUUAGCAAUAAUAUUGUGAUAUUAUUAUUUUAAUCGUUAUUAAUAUUAUAAUCAUUAUAUGGUCACUUGCCGCGUAGAGAAAAAAAAACCUCCCAAACCGUUCCAAACGACGAUGUCGGCAAGUCGAAAUAUUAUAACAAUAAUAAUUUGCCGUUUGCUGUGAUGACAAAUGGACGUCAUGUUCCUCAUCGUCAUAAUCGUAUUGCUGACGGUCGCAGUGGUACUGUUUGCCGUUUCCAAAAAGUAUGUGGUGGAGAAGCUGAAACAAGAAACAAACACGGACUUCCAGAAACUCCAGAGGCGUUACUUGAUCGUGUACUGUUUGGCGUGUUUUGCCGAUUGGCUUCAAGGCCCGUACGUCUAUAAAUUGUACAAGCAGUACGGUUAUAAUGAAGGAGAAAUAGCCGUCCUUUUCAUUACCGGCACGAUAUCCAACAGUCUAUUUGGCACAAUUACAGGAGCGUUGGCUGAUAUUUACGGCCGUAAAAUACUUUGCAUUUCUUACGGUAUAUUGUAUUCAGGAUGUUGUGUGACAAAAAUGUUUGGCAACUUUCAAUUAUUGCUGGUCGGACGUAUGUUGGGAGGUAUAAGCACGUCUAUUCUGUAUUCGGCGUUUGACUCGUGGUACAUCAACGAGCAUGUCAAUUAUUACAAAUUGCCAGAAGAGUGGUUGAAUAAUACGUUUGCCAAAGCAACUUUUUUUAAUGCUACACUUGCCAUACUAGCUGGACUGUUGUCAUUAUUCUUGGUUAGUGUGUUAGAAUUUGGACCUGUUGCGCCUUUUGUAACGGCCAUUCCAUUUCUAAUAACUUCUAGCAUAUAUGUUAUGUCUGUGAUAAAUGAACACUAUGUUCGCAACACAAAAUCGGCUUCAGCGUCAGUAAAGAAAGCUAUUAUUCUGUGGAUGACAAAUAAAAAUAUUUUUACCCUCAGCGUUGUUCAGUCCUUAUACGAAGGUGUCAUGUACUUAUUCAUAUUUAUUUGGACCCCUACGUUUGAUGUGUUAAAAGACUCAAAACCCCCAUUGGGGCUAGUAUUUUCAAGUUUUAUGUUAGCUCUUAUGAUAGGUUCAAAAAUUUAUUCAAUACUAUUGGGAAAUAGUUUUCUGGAUUCAAAAAAACAAUUGCAACUGGCUACAUUUGUAGCAACCUUUUCGUUUUUAAUGUGUUCCUUGGCCAUAUCGAACAAAUUUUUUGAUUACAGUGGCCAACAAAAAUAUUAUAAAGUAAUGACUUGUUACUUUUUUUUCUUAUUGUUUGAAAUUUCUAUUGGUAUUUACUUUCCAUCCAUGACAUAUUUAAAGAGUCAAGUAAUACCGGAAAAGAUUAGAGUUACCAUAUCAAAUGUAAUUAAAAUACCUAGUAAUGUUUUUAUCUGUUUGGCACUUUUAUGGAUAUAUUUUAAAGAACCAAAUGAAAACAAUAUAACAAAUAUCCAAGAGGAUCAAGAACCUAAUGUUGAUUUCAUUUUAACAAUUUUUGUAGUAUGUUUUAUCGCUACACUCAUUACAUUUAUAUUUUCUAAAAUAUUUUCUAAGUUCCACAGUGAAACUUAUAAAGACAUAAUUAAACGUCAUGAAAUUGAAGUGUAAUUAUGUUCAUGAUAAAAUUAUUCAUAUAAUAUAUGCCAUGUAUACCUUACUAGGUACUGAUUAUUAAUUUUACAGCGAAUUAAUUUAAUAUAAGUUACUUAAUUUAUAUAAAGUGUUUAAUAUUUCAGAUUUUUUUCUUUUAUAUUAACACUAAAUUAAAAUAUCAUAUCUGAUUUAUAAAUAUGUAUUAAUUUAAACAUCUUAUAAUUUUAAGUUAAGACAGCGAAGAACAAAAAAAAACAUUAUUUAUGUAUUAGUAUCUGUUGAAGUAAAUUAGUAAAAAUUGGUUACCAGUUUUAAUCAUUGACUUAAUAAUCUAAAAUGGAAAAAUCAAUUGUCUGCGAAUUUAUGUUUUUUUAAUUUUUCAGCUCAACUAAUUUGUUAUAAUAUUAUUUGAUAUUAAAGACAUAUUUUACUUUUAAUUAAAUACUAUUUUCUCAACUUAAACAUUUUGUAUACUAUUCUUAUUAAAGCUUUAAUGUAGUUUUAAAUGUAUUUAUGUGUGUGUGUUAUAAAUAAUAAUUAUUGUGUAAUUAUUAAUCUUGUUACAACUUACAAAACAUUUAUUUUUUUGUUCCAAUAAAUCUACAUUUGUUUAAGCCAGGUACACACAGUUUCUCAUGAUAGCGACUCUUGCGCUAUCAUGUUUAACAGUGGCUUUCGCAAUAAUUUAAUAGUUACUAUCAUUAUGUCAACCUGGCUUUAUUGUUAUAUUUAUAUUAAUUUAAUUCUGUGUUAUGCCUCUAUGAACUAAAAUCAUUGAAACAAUUGUAAAAUUUUUUUUUUUUAUUAUUAUUAUUUAAUUACUAUUAAAUUUUAUUUUUGUUCACAAUACUACAGCAUAUACUUAAUACAAAUUUAUACGAAAUAAAUAUUUAAAAAAUGUUUUCCAAAA